AUGAAGGACAAUCUUCUCGAGAACCCAGCAGACCUAUUGCGAGAUGUUCGUGAUAAUUUCAUUAUUGAAGAAGAUGUGGAGUCCAUCCUAAAUAUAGAUAAAAGAAUAGACGAGAUGCGAAAUAAAUCUCACCAAAAUACUGAGAGCAAGAAAAUCGAAGUUGCCAAGCUGAGCGUUCAAUUAGAGUCACGAAACUCCAAGAUAAGCGAGCUUCAAGCAGCUAUGGAAAGGAUCAAGGCAGAAUCAGAAGAAUUGGCCAGUCAACACGAAAUUGUAGAUUAUGUUGAUGAACUCGACGAGCUAGAGAAAAGCAUAAUAUCCCUGAGGUGCCAAUUGGACGAACGUAUUGUAACAUUUGUUAAAAAUGAAAGGAGCAUGUCCAAUGACCUGACACUAGGGUCGCCAAAUGUACCAGUAACUCAAAUAGAAGGUCUAGCGGCGACGACCGACGAUACAGCAGAAAUAAUGAAUGAUCCUAUCGCCCGUGCCAACAUUCUAAAGCUGAAGCUUUGUAGAACGAUGGGCCUAAUAAUAGAUGAGGACACUAACCAGGUUAUCAUAGAAACUGCUGAUAACAAAGUCGAGACUUUGCCCUUGGACGAUGACUUGAGUGAUUUUUUCAAAACAAAGUAUAUUUGGCAAAGAAUUCAAUCGAGAAAAGUAAGGUAA